AUGCCAAGCUUUCACUGGGAGGAAAAUAUAAGCCUGCAAUCCUACAACUCUUUCAAGAUUCAAGUGACUGCACGUUACGUCGUCCGUGUUCAGAACACCAGUCUCAACGAGCUCCUGGAGUCACCAUUGUUCCAAAACCGUCGCCAUGUGAUCCUGGGAGGAGGAAGUAAUUUACUUUUUACCGAGAAGUCGUAUGACGGCAUUGUUCUGAAGAACGAGAUCAUGGGAAUUGAAACCAUAUCUCGAAACGAUACGCAUACGUCGCUCAAGGUCGGCGGAGGCGUCACGUGGAGCUCACUGGUUGACUAUUGUCUCACCCACAACCUUGGUGGUAUUGAGAACUUAUCCCUUAUUCCCGGCACUGUGGGCGCGGCUCCGAUUCAAAACAUCGGUGCAUAUGGGGUGGAGCUCAGUGAUGUUCUCGAAAGCGUGGAAAUUGUUGACCUAGUGGAUGGCGUUACACGUACCAUGACGAGGGCCGAAUGUCAAUUUCGGUAUCGAGACAGCAUCUUCAAGCGUCUGAAGGAUGUAAUGGUUUCUACCGUAACCAUCAAGCUUACCAAUGCUCCUCACCAUCGAUUGAACACCACAUACGGCUCGAUCCGCCAAGUUUUAAGUGAGCGAGACAUCCUCACACCUACCAUAUCGUCGGUCAGUGAGGCAGUAUGUCUACUUCGCAGACGCAAACUACCCGAUCCAAGAGAGUUGGGUAAUGCGGGAAGCUUUUUCCAAAAUGUUGCUGUCGAUGAUUUCACUUGCAAGUCUAUCAAGAGCAAAUAUCCCGCACUUCCUGUUUUCCCUAGGGCAAACGGGCUUAGUUUCAUUCCAGCAGCGUGGUUUAUCGAGAAAUGCGGCUGGAAAGGCAGGCGGAUAGGCGGGGUUGGAGUAUAUCAUAAACACGCUCUUAUUAUAGUGAAUUUUGGAGAGGCGGAUGGUGAAGAAGUGAAGGCGCUAUCAGAUCGGAUUACUCGGGAGCUACCUACCGUAGCGUCCCUGGUGGACGAUCACAAAGUCUCACGGGAGUCAUUGCUGUUAAAUAUCAGCCAUGACAAACACCAGCUAGGCUCUGCAAAGCUCGUUGUAGUAUCAACUGCAGCAAUGAAGGGUCAAACCAAUGUUGAGGUUGAAGCAGCUCGAGGGCGACGAAUUCCGGUGAUUCACAGAUCCGAAAUAUUGGCUUCGUUGAUGCGCCAUCACAAGUUCAUUGCCAUUGGCGGCAGUCAUGAUAAGAGUGAUGUUAUCACUCGGUACGGCAGCAACGCUCACCUGGGCUCGGGUAGUUGGUUGGUUGCGGAAGCCGACGAAAGCGACGUCUUUUGCAUUGACGACCCGGGGGUUCGCAAAAUCCUCCCUGAGGUUCAAGACCGCAACGUUGUGACAUACGGUGUUUCAGACAAUGCAUAUGUUCGUGGGGAAAACAUCGAAUACAGUCCACAGGAUUGUCCCUUCGUCUUGAAUGUUCUGGGAUUGCACAAUAUUCGGAACGCGCUAGCCACUACUGCCAUUGCUCUUGAGCUGGGCAUUGGGCUAGAGAGCAUUCGUCAUGCCUUGGGGGGCUUUCCGGGCACGGAUCGCCGUUACAUCCAUGUAGGAGAAGUGAAUGGCAUUCAAAUCAUCGAUGAUCAUGUCGCACACCCUGCAGAAAUGAAGGCAACACAAAAGAUGGCAAAGCAAGCGGGUGCCCGCAGAGUCAUUGCUGUCUACCAGCCUACCGCUGUAGUUAGAAAUGCGAAGGCGUGGCUGGAAGAAGACCCGGCAGCUUUCCAAGAUUCGGCGCACAUUAUCGUCGGCCAAGCAGAUGGGGUUGAUCCAAUUCCAGCGGCCGAGGCACGGGAGGCACUAAUUCAAUACCUGCACUCCCACGGGCGUGAGUAUGCGAUUUCGAUGCCAGAUCCAUCUGUACUUCCAGAGCCGGUGUCCCGCCUUGGGCAGGAAGGUGACUUUGUCCUGUGUAUGGGGUUCCGUAGCUCAACUCUCUGGGCACGGGCAUUGGCAGGCCAAUUAAAAGUUCUCGGAACCCCGCGGAAGAAUGAUAAUGGAAGUAGGACAUGA